AUGCGAGAUUUACUGCGUGUUCAAAAUCCAAGAAGUUUUGAAAUGACAUUUGGUGGGAAAACUGUUGUGUUGGGUGGAGACUUCGGACAAAUUUUACCGGUAAUUCCAAAGGGGACCAGAAACUGUAAAGUCUUUAGACUGACAAAGAAUCUGCGGCUUAGAGCAUUGCAAUCAGAGUCUGGAGUACAAGAAAUUGAAGAAUAUGCAAGGUGGAUUGCUAAUAUAGGUGACGGAACAAUUGGUGAUUCGUGCGAUGGUGAAUGUGAGAUCAACAUUCCAGGAAAAUUCUUACUCAAGUCGGUGGAGGAUCCUAUUUCUACGAUUGUUGAUAGCAUAUUCCCGGGGUUUCGUAAUGGGAUUCGAGACGUCAAAUGUCUAAAAGAUUGUGCAAUUCUCGCUCCAACUUUGGACGUGGUAGAUAACAUCAAUGAAUACAUGAAUGAAUUUAAUACUGCAGAAGGAAUGACGUAUCUAAGCUGUGAUUCGGUGUGCAAAUCGGAUUCCAAUGUUGACAUGCUUGCUGAUCUACACACACCGGAGUUUUUAAAUGGAUUACGAUGUUCUGGAGUGCCAAAUCACUCAUUGACUUUAAAAGUGGGAUCACCCGUUAUGCUAUUGAGAAAUAUUGAUCACUCAUUGGGGUUGUGCAAUGGUACAAGAAUGAUCAUUUCAAAGUUAGCUAAACAUGUUUUAGAAGCGCAGAUAUUGACUGGAACAACUGCUGGUACGAAGGUUUUAAUACCAAGGAUGUCCUUAACACCGUCAGAUCCGAGAUUGCCGUUUAAGUUUCAGAGAAAACAAUUUCCGCUCAUGUUGUCAUAUGCCAUGACAAUAAACAAAAGCCAGGGUCAAACAUUGUCAAACGUCGGUUUAUUCCUUAAGAGACCGGUAUUUAAUCAUGGACAACUGUAUGUAGCUGUGUCGAGGGCAUUACGUAUUACUUCUUAG